AUACGAUAAAGGCCUUGCGGGCAGAGUUGAAGCGGGACCAUGUGCCGGUAGUUUAAUGUCGGGGUAUUAUUAAAUGUCCAGCCUGCAACACGAUUCUAUCUCGCAAAUAUGUUUAUUCUAUAUAAAAAGGCAAAGAGUGAAAAUGAGAAAACAUCCAAUUUCUGUGAGUCCAAUGAAAUCUCCUGGCCGAUGAAGGAAGUCAACAUCGUCUUUAGUUACUUCUCUUCUUUGUACACAUUCUUAGCCUUCUGCACAGCCUGCUCCUUGGUACCAUGGAUCUCUCUGACAUAUUUAGUAAUGAGAGGAAUGAGGCACACAUGGAACAGGUGGCUGGAAGGAAAGUAUCCUGGUUUGGAAUUUGUUAUCAACACAACUGCAAGAACUGCUGUAGACACCCCCAGAAACCAAGGUCUCAUCUGCCUUCUCUUGUCAGUACAGGGUAACUGUCAGAUCCAGCUUAUCAAGAAUCGUGUAAAGGAAGAUAUUCUGGAAAGAAGGCAGGGAGGUAAACUAGUUUUCCCUCAUUUGAGAACACAGUUGACAUCAAGGUGGGGUAGCUAUGCUUGGGUAAAAGGAUCAGAAAAAGAAUUCUGCUUGGACGACCAUAUUCUCCUCGCUCCUACCACUUUCAAAGGCCGUCCAAUAAGCAAUCUGAAUAUUCAGGAUAUGACAAGUGAUAUGAUUGCUAAACUUCUUCCUGGAGAGAUCCCCCCAUGGCAGAUCUCAGUGAUAACAGGCAUCGACAAGUCCUACCUACUAGUCAGACUUCAUCAUCUAUACAUGAGUGAAGAAGGUCUUUCCCUAUCUGAUAUUCUCAGUAUUAAACAAACUACUUGGGAAUCAUCUCCAGUACUUGAUGGUGUUUUCAGGCCACCUGUAGUCAUACCUAGGGUCUAUGCAGCAUUAUCUGAAAGCACAUCAAACAUGUGGAAUGAAAUCCUUGCUCAGUAUGAUCCAGCAGAAAAACCAGAAGUAUUGAAACACCCAACGCUGAGAUCCACAUUUUAUUUAGCACUUAUUGUUAUAAUUUCAACAAUAAAGUCUUAUUUGUCUUCUUCGACUGUCAGUCUUACUGAAACGUUCAAGACCGAGUUAUACAAACGAAGCUUUACACUCUCGCUAAUUUCAAACAGUAUUUACAAUAUCUUAUCUCUAAAUACUGUCUUCGAAAUGUUCCUGAUGUUUUUCAAAUUGCCUUUAGAAGCUACAAAACUUCCUAUCAGAGCGAUUCAUCUUGUUUUAGACACACCAAAUCACCUGAAUUUGAUCAUCUCAUUGUUCCCUGAUGCCUCGAGCAAAAUGGAUGUGAAGGAGAUUUAUCUCUAUUGGCUCUAUUUGGGACAUUAUGUUUUACAAGAGUUAGUCUACCUCUUCAAAGUGUUUUAUCGAGCUCCGAGAGUUUUAUUUGAGGAGUUAUUUCUUCCAGAGACACCGGCAAAUGUCCAUCAACUGCAAACAUUGUCUGUAUGUGGAAGGAAAGUAGUCAGUUGGUCUGAAUCAGUGCCAAAGGAUGUUAUAAAACAGAUUGCCUAUGCAUCAGGUUCAACAGAGAGUGAAAUAUUGCUGACUGCACUUGCAGCUUCAUUAAAGAGCUAUUUUGAGGAAGCUGGAUUCUCACUUCCAGACAGUGUCAUGACAACGUGCCAUUUCACAAAGAAAGGAAAAAUUCCAGGUCCAGGUUCCGGUGGCUUCUUGUGCCUUCCUCUUCCCCUGACAGGAUCCAACGUGCAUGAGAGCCUUGAAGAGAUGAAAAAAUCCUUAUUUAAGUCAAAGAAGUCACAGACAGUGUUUUAUUUGGCUAGUGAAAGAGGCCUCGACUCAAGCUUUCUACUUAGCCUGCUACCAACAUUAUUCGCAAAAGCUGCUCUUUAUCUGUUAUCAAGGAGGUAUGCAGUGUCUGUUUCUUUGGUCGAAGGGACUCCAGAUUGUACGCUCCUUUGGGGGCAGCAUGUUGACGAGCUCAUGUAUUGGAGACCAGCUCAGGCCAAUGUCUGUUUGUCUUUAACAUUAAUCUGCUACAGUGACUCAGUCACUCUUGGAGUAAUGGCUGAUGCCCAACUUUCCCCACAUCAUGCUGAUUUAUCAGUGUAUUUCCCGAAAUACAUACGCAACCUCGCAUCUUCACAUGGUAUUCCAUUUCCUGGACCAUCACAACCUCAGUAAGGAAUGAUUAAUAGUUGAUAUUUUGAAAAAAUGUGUGUAAUAAUUUUUUAUCCUUCUAGCGUUAUUGAAUGUAAUGCAAUGUAAGAUGUAAUAAACAACAGGACUUGUUAGUUUUGUUUAACUUAGUGUUCAAUCAUGUAACUAUAACACGUUAAUAAAACAAAAACACGAGUGAUGUUUUAAUGAAAUCACUCAAAAUUUGUGAUAUAUUUGUAAAUAUUUUACUGUAAGCAGGACUGUUAUUUUAUAUAAAGAUAAUUUAUUUUUUUAACCAAGUUGGUAGAGAAAAAUAUCCUUUUAUGAAAUUUAAUUGUACAGAUAAAUUUUAAUUAUGUAAAAUAAAUUAUUUUUUAUUUAUAAACAUGUAUUAACUCACUGAACCUGUUCAACUUUCGGAAAUGAAUUUUAAUAUAUUUUUAAAAAUAAAUUAGGAUAUACAUUCUAUUUACUCAUUCUAGAGUUCAAACAAGGUUAAUCUCCUUCCAACACAAGUCUAACCUAAUGAGUAGCCGAACAUCCCGGGGUGCGAUUAUGGACCUCGACCAUUUUUUGGUGAUAUCCAAGAUUAAAGCAAGGAUUUUCAUCAGCCAUGAAGCAAGAAAUGGCAGAAGCAGAAGGAUAGAUGCUGACAAACUCAAGGUUCCAGAGGUGAGUAUAAGAUUCCAGGAGCAGGUCAGAGAAGAGAUAAGCCAGGCAUACCGGUUAUUGGAGGAAGGUUCGAGCGUUGAUGAAGAAUGGUUGGUCUUGAAGGGACCCAUUAAGAAACCUGCCAAAGAUGUAGCAGGAGAGACGAGAGAAGGAUGGUUCGACGAAGAAUGCUGAAAGGUCGCAGGAACAAAAACGAAGCAUACAGAGGAGGUAUACCAGGAAGGCAACAGAGGAAUGUAGAAGGGAGGAGAAAAGAGUGCACCGAGGAAAGAAAAAACCAGAGAGAGGAUAAAGAUGGGAUAUUUCUAAACAAGAAAGAAGAGAUGCUGGAAAGAUGGGCCGGUUAUUUCGAAGGACUUCUAAAUGAGAGAAAUGAAACAACAGCCCUAGAUGAAAGAAGUCAUACCGGAGAGGAAAUAGAAGAUCUUGAAGCUCCUCCAGAUCCAGAAGAGGUGAUUGAGGCUGUUGGUCGAUUGAAGAUUCAUAAGUGCACAGGACCGGAUGAGAUACCUGCAAUACCUGAUAAACUCCUCAAGUAUGGUGGAGAAGAACUGCAUAAGGAGCUAUAAUCUAAUUCUCCGAGUAUGGAAUGAUGAGGGGUGGAAGGAAGGGUACAAUAUGUCCAAUCCAUAAGAAAGGGGACUGCACAAUAUGUUCAAAUUAUCGAGGGAUUUCUCUGGCAUGUAUAAAGACAAAGUCCUGUCUGUUAUCUUACACAAAUGGUUAGGGAUUAUGAGAUGGGUUUUAGAAAAGGAAGGUCCACUAUUGACCAAGUGUUCGCUUUGAGAAUGAUAAUGGAAAAAGGAAUAGAGUACCGAUUGCCAACCUACCAUUUAUUCCUGGAUUUCAAGAAUGCUUAUGAUAGCACUAACCGAUCAAAUCUAUAUGGAGCUCUGGUUGACCUGGGGAUCUCUCAAAAACUGACCAGACUGGUAAAGAUGACCAUGAAAGGAAUCUGCAGCACGAUCAAAGUUCAGGGAGUUUUGGACGGGGAAAGGUCUACGCCAAAGAGAUGGAUUGGCAUGCCUGCUGUUUAUACUGGCCCUGGAAAAGGCAGCUCGAGAUUCAGGUAUACAGACCUUGGUAACUAGGGGGCAGAGAGGCCGAAUGGGCUAAAGCUUGUGCACAGCACCGCGAGUUGCCCAGCAACCAGAUAUAUGAAGUUUUGAGAGACAAGAAAAGUACGAGUUCGUGUCCCGGUGCCAGAGGGGAUUUUGAAAAUUCCUUCCCCUCACCCUCCGGCCCGGGAAAAUCCCGUAUAGCCUAAACGAUGAGGUAUGGAAGAACAAAAAAAAAAAAAAAUCUUGGUAACUAUUAUUCAUCGAAGCUUACAGCUAUUGGCCUUUGUGGACGAUGUGGACAUAGUGGCGAGAUCAAGGAAAGCUAUGUAGGACGCCUUUCUUGCUAUUCAGUCGGCAGCGCUGAAUAUUGGACUAGAAAUCAAUGAGACCAAAACCAAAUAUAUGCUGGUAAUCGGUGAAAAUAAACUAGUGAACCCUUCCAGCUCUAACAAGAGGAAAUUUCUCCUUUGGAAGGAUCCCAAAUUUUGUGUAACUGGGAACGCUUGUUACCUCUUCAAACAACGUGGCCCUCGAAAUGAGCCGGCGGACCACGGCAGCCAACCAGUUUUGGGCUUAAAAGGCUGAAGAGCCGCCAGCUCACCAGAGAGACCAAAGUACAGCUCUAUACAAGACACUGAUGAGACAGGUUCUUACCUAUGCUUCACAAACCUGCACACUAACUAAGGCAGAUGAGAAAAGUCUCUUAAUUUUUGAAAGAAACAUAUAUGGCUCUGUUAGAGAAGGUGAAGCAUGGAGAAGGAGGAACCAUGAACUCUACAGCUUGUACGGAGACAUUGACGUAGUAUAGUUCAUAGCAGGGUGUUUGAUCUACCAGAUUAUUUUUAUGAAAUGCUUUGGCCUUUCCAAGUCAUCAAAGUUGUCAUUAAAGAACAUAACAUAAUUUUAC